AUGAUUGGUAGAGUGAUAGCACUAUUAGGAGCAGUCUGGGCUGAAGAAGAGGCGUGUGUGCCUCCAAUGGAUGGAAUGGUCAUCAACCACUACGUUCUGGAGAACUGUACUGCCUGUAACAGGCUUGGGCCAGUUGUAGACGAGUUGCUUGGAAGAGUUGAAAAGAGAGCAGUUGGAGUGAAAUACAGGCGGGUAGUUUGUAAUGACUGUGAUUGUGACGGAAUCAAGGCAUUUCCAACAAUAGAAAUAACUGAUGAUAAAAAGGGAAUAGGAAGAACAACAGGGUACAAGAAGUACAACGAAUUGGCUGGAUUUGUGGCAAAGAGGCUUGGACUGAAUGAGGAUGCGCUAUUAGGGGCGAUUGAGACGGAAGAGAGUCGAGUGAAGCAGCUGAAGAGUAGCGACUUCCUGAGUGGAUUUGAUGGAGAAUGGGUCGUACUGUUCUAUGAGGACGCCCAGGAUCCAAUGAGGAAGAUAAUGGCAGAAAUAGCAAAGACAGAGACACAGGUGAAGUUUGGUGAGGCACAUAAGAGAGACGUAGGUGGAAAUGAGGGAAGAAUGAGCAUAUCGAGGUAUCCACACAUUAGUGGAAUCAAUGCUGGGACAUUUGUUCCAUUCAUGGGAUCGUACGAUGGAGACGACUUCAGGAGUCGUCUUACGGCAUUCGUGGAAAAACUAGCAAGACCGAGCUUCGAACCCAUAACCUACGCAAAAUUGAAGCAGCUGUCUAAGACCCUGGCUCCUGGUGAACCAGUUUACGUAGUGGCAUAUCGCGACUACGACACGGCCUCCUUCUACUUCGGCAGCCUUGCUAAACAGUUCAAGUUCAAGACGACAAUCUACCGCACCAAUGAUCCAGUCUUCUUCGAGAAGGCUGGAUUCCACCCAGAAGAGACUCACGACGACCACGAUCAGCUGGUCCGUCUCUUCGUCUACAAAAAUGGAUCAUUCUACGCCUGCCCGUACAAACUGGAGGAGAAUGCCGAGGUUGUUCAGUGGAUAUUCCACACUCACUUUCCAUUUGUGACUGUUCUUGGAAACGAGAAUUUCUACUCCGUUUUCCACGGAAUUAAGCCAGUUGUCCUUCUUGUGACUGAAGGAGACGCCCUUCUUGACGAAUUCAACCGCAUUUCAGCCGAUAGACACCUUGGAACGCCCUACACAAAUACGCUCUUUGUUGCCCUCGAUGCUGCUGAAUAUCCGCUAUUCAAGCAGAGUGUGCUUCCAUUGGUUCGAAUCCCGUCAAUUUCUGUUUUUGACCCAUUUGCCUCACAAUGGUUCCAUCAGCCUGAUGAAGUAUCAGCUGGAAACCUGAGGAAGAAGACUCUCUCGUACAUCGAAGACUACUACGCUAGACGCCUACCAACAUAUCCACCAGCACCAUCCAAAACUAGGCGAUACCUGGCAGCAGCUGCUAUUGUAGGAGUAUUACUGGUUAUCAUAACUUAUAUCAGGCGAGAGAGAAACAAGAAGUUUGCAUACUACGAUUGA